AUGGGAUCUGCAUGUUUUCAAAUAGUGCAUAGGAAAAAACAGAGGUUCAGACAAGAGCUACAAGAAGGCUCACCUAAGAAAUAUAAGCCUUUGGCCGGAGCUUCUCACGCCAAAGGACUCGUCCUUGAGCUCAUAGUACAACUUGUCAAGAAUGGAAAGAAGGUUGCUGCUUUUGUCCCCAACGAUGGACGAGGUUUGAUAUCUGGAUUUGGGCGUAAGAGUCAUACUGUGGGAGAUAUUCCAGGCGUAAGGUACAAGGUCGUCAAGGUUUCUGGUGUUUUACUCUCUGCUCUCUACAAGGACAAGAAGGAGAAGCCAAGGUCUUAA